GGAGGUGUUUGAGGACCAUGGCACCAGCACCUGGCACAGCAGCACCACUACGUAGGCAGGAAGGUAUCGAAGUUGGCUAGUUUCCUGGCACUGCAUUGUCUCCUACUGUCCGCCAGACAAGGGAUGGAGCUUUUCGCGAAUCUAUUACCCGGUGUUAGACGCAGGCAAAGAGUACGCUUGGUGUUGAUGGAAAGCUGACGUGCUCGUAGGAAGGUAGUUGUUGGAGGCAGACAUGGCUGAAGCCGAGGAGCACUUGAUAUAUUACGCCGCUAUAGUGUAUCGCGGUACUGUUCUAUGCUCGCACAGCAGCUUUCCUGGGGACUGCACCGCCAUUAUUGCAGAAGCAAUGCGACAAUUGCCCGAUAACGUCUCCAGCUAUUCUCGGCGUUACGAUGGGACCAUGCUCGCAUUUCUCGUGCGAGGCGGGGUCGUCUACACCCUCGGCGGCCACGAAGCCUUGGAAAAAAUCCGCGCUUAUGAGUUUCUGGAGCAGCUUCGCGCAAUACACGUCCUCGCAGCAACCAAAGAUGGAAUUUUCUGCAAAGAUCUCCUCACCAGCCCAUACAACCACGCCCUUCAAAGGCUCGGCGCGCGUAUAGGCACGCUCACAGCAGCCGUGCGCGGCCCAAUACCCCCAAGGCAGCCGCUGCUUGUGUACCCAGACGCUCCCAAGGCAUACUUAACCUGCCGCUCCAGGGACGAGCUUCUGGCUAAGUCUCCCGUGCACCCACGAGCUGCUACAGCCAGAGCUGCUGCUGCUGCUGCUACAGCCAGCGCCGCUCCCCCUGCUACAGCCAGAGCUGCUGCCGCAGCUACAGCCGGCGCCGCUACCCCUGCUGUGUCUACAGCCGGACAGAGGGAAAGGGAGGUGAGUGGAGGAAGGACCGAGCUACAGUUGAGGCUAGGGGGUUUAAGCGGUGAAGGGGAUAGAUGGUUGUCGGAGACUGGGAGGGGCAUGGGGCUGGGCCUAGAGAGUGGGGAUGGUUCUUUGAAGGUGGAGAUAGCUGAUAGCAGCAGCAGCGGGUGUGAGGUAGAGGAAGAGGAGGAAGAGGAGGGGGAGGAGGAGGACUUUGUGUGGAAUCCGCAGCAGCUGCUUCAGAAGCAGCGGCUGCAGACACGGCAGAGGCAGCAGCAGCGACAUCAGCCACACUUGAACCAGCCGUUGCUGCUGCAAGAUGAGGAGGAGACGGAGCGGCAGGAGCAAGGGAAGAACCCUCUAAGCGACGCUGGAGACUCGCCGUUGAUUAGCCCCCGGCCCGAAUGGGCGCGUCAGCUGGCCAUGCUCCGGAAUGGCAGCAGCAAAGACACACGUGCAAGCAGCAAGACGAAGAAUCAGGGCAACGAGGCGGCCACACGUGUAGGCAGCAAGGCGAAAAGCCACGGCACGGAGGGGGAGAUGCGCAUGGGGGGAAGGAGAAUGCAGGCCCACGAGGAUGCCUGGGACGAGCGGAACGCUGGGAGAAGAGGGCGAAAUGGGACGGCCGUGGGACCAACAGUAGCAUCAGGAGCAUCAGGAGCAGCGGGAGCAGCGGGAGCAGCGGGAGCAGCAGGAGUAGCUGGAAGUAGAGGCAAAGCCUCUCCCGUCUCUUAUGGGCGAUGUAGGUCCUUGUCAUUUGGGGCAAUCAGCACCAGUCGGCAGCAGGCUGAUGUUUACGGGAAUGAUGGAGAUUAUACAGACGAUAGUACCGAUGACGGUGAUGAGGCUGACCAUAACGAGGAUGAUGAUGGGAAUAGUGACAAUAAGGAGGUAAAGGAGGCAUGCUGGUCAGGAGGGAGAGGGAUGGUGGCGGAUAAAGGUUCUCGUGGAGGAAGGCAGGAGACCCAAUUUCACUUCCCCAGAAAGCGUGUAGCAGGGUCCUUGUCCCUAUCCCACCUAGACACCCAGUUUUCACACUCGGAUUCCGAAAGCACAGAAUCUAUGCCGGAUGCAGGGGAUGACUCCGAGUCAGACUCCCACUCAACCGCUGCAUGGAAAGCACGCACGGUGGAGCAACAGGAGGGAAGGGUUAGACGGGCGGCUACUGAGUCCGGGCAGCUGAAGAGCCCCUUAGGCCAGUCUAUCCGCACCAGGACCGGCUCUAGGAUCGGUUCUUGGAAGGGUACUGAUGCUAGAAAUGGUGCUGGGGCUGCUGCUGGGGCUGGUGCUAGGGCUGGUUCUAGGGCUAGUACUGGGACUAGCAGUACUGCGUUCACGAAAGGGCACAUAAAGAAGUCGUAUUCCCAGGACUACACCAUGCAGGUAUUUCGGAGGGAGGAGGUAUCAAGCGUACAGAGGGAGAGGCAUGGGAGCGUGUCGCACUCUCAGCUGGCUGGCGAAUGGAGCUCCAGCGCAUCCCCCUCCAGGCAACUCUGGGAUUCGGAGGUUGCAAGCAGACUGGCAGCAGUGGGUGCUCGUGUGCUGGCAGAAGGUGGAGAGGGACGAACAGGGGGAGGGCGAUCUGGGGGAGGAGGAGCUGGUGCGCGUGCGCUGGCGGGAGGGGCAGUUGGAGCAACAGUAGAGGCAGGAGUAGGGGCAGGGGGGGUCAGGGCAGGCUUAGUAGGGGCAGAAGCAGGAUUCUCUAGAGAUGGUUCCGGAGAUGCUUUGUUUGACGAUAUCUCCGAGGGGGAUGAGGACGAUUCAGACGCGUUUGAGUGGCGACCCUCGAUGCGCCGCGCACGCAUGCUGGGCUUGGCCCGGUCCACGUCAGCAGCCUCCUCUCCCACGUCAGCAGCAGGCUGGACAGGCUGGCGCGGGUUCAGUCAGCAUCAGCAGCAGCAGCUGCAGCAGCAGCAGCAGGAGGGGACACAGGCUUGCAGGCAAAGGUCCCGUCAGAAGUAUCCCCAGGAGGAGAUUUCUAGAGAGAGGCCGCAUUCAGCAGGGGCAAGAAGAGAGAUAUAUGGGGAGAGGGGAUCAGCAGGACUUCUAGGGUCAAUUGGGCCAGCAGGGUUAGCCGGCCGGAGACCUGGUUCGGCUUCUGCUGUAGACAGGGAGAGAGGCAUGGGGAGCGGGAGAAGAGACAAGAGAAGAGGGGCGGAUUUGCCUGGGUCAAGCCGGGAGAGAAAAGAGGGUGCUGUGAAGGUUGCUCGAGCCAAUGUUCCUGCCUCGUUGUCUUUAGGCGCCGGGGCUUCGUUGUCGCUGGGUGAUGGUGCUUCGUCGCCUCUUGGUGCUGGCAUCUCACAUGGCGCUAUUCCCCGUCACAGCAGUGUGGGUUCUGGUGGCAGGCGUGGUAGCGGCGAUAGUAUUAGGUCUGGUAGUGCUGAUGGUGGGAGGCUCGGCAGUGUGGGUUUUGGUGGCAGGCAUGGUAGUGGUGAUAGUAUUAGGUCUGGUAGUGCUGAUGGUGGGAGGCUUGGCAGUGUGGGCUCUGGUGGCAAGCGUGGUAGUGGCGAGGGUAUCAGGUCAGGUAGUGGGGAUGGUGCAAGUAGGGAAUCAACGGGGGUCAGUAGUAGGAUAAGUGGAGCAGGGGGGGGAGGAGGUGGGGAAGAAUGGGGAGAUGAAGGGGAUUGGGAACGAGGAAGAGUGGGAAAGGGAGGAGGAGGAGGAGUUAGAGAAGGGGGUGAUGGUGGGAGGUUGAAUUCACCUCGCCUGGUCACAAAAGGGAGUGCCAGGCGCACCAGAACAGGGGUGUCACACAGUGCCGAGUUCAUCUCUCUUAGGCACAUCAAGGGGCUAUACACAGGCAGCAGCGGCAGCAGCGGUGGUGGCAGCGGUGGUGGCAGCGGUGGUGGCAGCGGUGGUGGCAGCAGAGGCAGCAAGGGUCGGUGCACAGGCAGAAGAGAUGAGGCCGGUUUUGACCGAGCUAGACGCACAGGCAGCAGAGGCAGGCAGGUGAAACCAGAAGGCAACGAUGCAGAUGCCGAGUUAGACUCACAGCACCCCUCUCGGCCAUACCCUACCUCGCAUCCCUUUCCUGCCUCUUCAUCUGUUACACUCAACACCACCGCCCUUUCCACUGCUGGCCACUCAGCAGCAGCAGCAGCAGCAGCAGCAGCAGCAUCAUCACCAGCAGCACCAGCAGCAGCCGCAGCUCUCUUCUCUUCUGCCCGUCGCCCGCACCCGCCUUUUAGCCCCCGCACCGCUCCCACCUCCCCAUCCUCCUUCUCCCUCGUCUCCCCCCGCACGCAACAAUCAGAGCGCGAGGAGCAGGCCCUAGCAGCCAAAAAGGCCCAGUUGGCAGCAUUCAGUCGAUGCGUGAGCACAGGGCACGGGGAGGAAGAGGAGCGAGGAGGGAGCAGCUUGGGUAGGAGUGAGAGUGAGAGUGGGGAGGAGUCUCGAUGGGAGAGGGGCAGGGGAAGGGACAAGGACAGGCAUAGGAACUGGGGCAAGAGCUAUUUCCGUGAGUUGAAGCCACCCGGCGUGUUUGCGAGAUCUGUAGACACCACUAGCAGUGUUGUUGACGAUGGCUCCGGCAGUGGUCGUAGCCUUCUUGCAGAUGGCACUAGCGCUGGUGGUUACGCGGAUCACGAGGGUGGUUACUCAGCAGAUGGCAUGGGAGGUUAUGCACGUGAGCCUUGUGUGUUCUCACCUGUGGCAGAGGACGAGGGGCAAGACCUCUCCUCCUCUUCCUCCUCUGCUGCAUCCCUCUUCCUUCGCUCCAUGAGCUCCGGCCGUGCGGAGGAUCUGCUUCUGCAGCAGUUUCACCGCCACCUCUCCCCUGAAGUGCGCCCGGGCACAGGGGGGGGCGCCUGGAGCAGCAGGCACCGCACAAAGGGGUCACUCGGAAAGGGGGCAGCAGUGGGACAGGGCCGGGAAAGGGGAGAAAGGGAUGGGCGUGGAGGGGAGUUGGAGCGAGGAGGAAGCGGAGGUGGGGCCGCGGUAGGAGGAGCAGCAGCAGCGGCGGCGGCAAGAGGAGGGGCGUUUGCGAUGGGGCGGGCACGCAGCAGCAGCUUCAGUGGCGCUGCUGGUGGUGCCUUGGCAGGGAGAGGAGGCAGCAUGUGGGGGGAGGAGGAUGAGGGAGGUACACCUGGAGGAGGCACACCUGGGGGUGUGACACCCAGGGGUGGCACAUCUGGGGGAGGUACACCCAGGGGAGGCGGAUACGGCAGUGGGGCGAGCAGUGAGGCUGAGAGUUCUGGGUCUGUGAUCGAGCGAGGAGGAGGUGGUAGUAGAGGCAAGAGAGGAGGGGGGGGUUUGGGGAGCGGGGAUGGGAGUGAGGGCAGCGGGGGGCCGAGAUUAACAGAGGAGCAGAAGCAGCGGUGGCAGGAGUAUCAGCAGCUGCUGCCGCCGCUGACCCUUCCACCGGUGCUAGAACGCAGGCUGAAAAUGCAGGAGGCUGUUCUGAAGAGGCAAGAGGCUUUGCUUCGGGAAGAGUUGCAGCAGCAGAAGCUGCUGCAAGAGCAGAAGCAAGUGGAGGAGAAAAAGCAGUUGCUGGACCAGCAGCAGAUGGGGAGGCAGCAGCUUGCAGACCAAGGGGAGGCAGGACUUGUUGUUGAAAAGCAGAAGCAAUCGGAAGGUGGGCCAGCUGAGGAGAACAAUGGGAGGGAAAAGCAGCAGCUAAAGCCACAGGAAGGCGAGCAGCAGCAGCAGCAGCACCAGCAGCAGCUGGCACAGCCACAGUCACAGCAGCAGCCGAUACUCCAGCCCCAUCCGCCCCAGAAGCCACGGCUGGAGCCGCAGCCCCCCCAGCAGCCCAGGAAGGAUCGUGACCGUCCGUUUGUGCGGCAGAGGAUCUGCCACUCGGACGAGUUCAUCCGCCUGCCAUCUGGCAUGACUGCCAGCGGGGGCGGCAGCCUUGUUGGCCUGUCCACGCGGGCGCACCGCGUGGCAGCUGCUGCCACGUCAGCAGAGUCUCCAGCGGGCGGCGGAGCGGGCAGCGGAGUCGGAGGAGGCGGGGGAGGAGGAGAAUGGGGAGAAGGAGCAGGAGCAGGAGGAGGAGGGGGAGGUGGUGGUGGUGGUGGUGGUGGUGGUGGUGGUGGGGGUGGUGGUGAUGGCGGUGGUGGUGUUGGGGGCAGUGGGAGUGGAGCAGGAGAUGCAAGGGGAAGAGGGGCGAGAUGGUCGAGGGAAAUCCCAAUAUCUCUCUCCGGAUCAGGCAUUUCGACAGCAGUGCUCAAAGCACAAUCUGAUGCCAUGACACAUAGCAUGACACAUAGCAUGACACAUAGUAUGUCACAUAGCAUGACACUUACCAUGACAGAUCAUGCUGUGACGCCCACGCGUUCCCCCAUCUGCACGCCACCACCGUACGCCCGCACGCUCACCUAUGGCCAGUCCCCUCGCUCUGCCUUCAACCGCUACCGCAUCAGGAGCCUGGGGGCCAUUCCGCCAGGGGGCCUUGUGGCUGGGUCGAUAGUGGUGGGAGGAACGGCAGGGGGAGCAGGAGCAGGGGGGAAGUCUGUAGGAGAAGGGACGGAUCUGGAGGCCAUGCUAAAAGGUGCUGCUGGUGCUAGUGCUGGUGCUGGUGCUGGUGCUGGUGCUGGUGCUGGUGCUGAUGCUGGUGCUGGUGCUGCUGACGAUGAUGCUGGUGCAGGGGCGAGUGCUGCAGAAGCAAGUCCUGGAGGGGAGCAGGGUGGUGGUGCUGGUGAGAAGGAGCAGGGUGGGGCGGCCAGCAGGCUGCGGGGGUCAGUGGGGCUCACAGCGCCCUCAGGCCUCACGUGGGAUGAGGAGAUUUCUCGCAAGCUGGCUCUGCGGGGCGUGCAGGUGCGGCCCACCAGCAGCAGCGUGUCAGCGGCCACUCACACCACGCAACAGCCUUCCUCCUCUUCUGAUUUGCACCAGAUUGACGUUACGCAAGGAGGAGCGGCAGAAUCUGUUGCUGCUGAAGCAGUAGUGAGUCCGUGUGAUGGAGAGCGUGCCAGUGCCCGUCUCUCAGUCUCUGACUGGGUCCGAACCUCCCUCGCCUCAACACCUCCUACUGCGGAAGCUGCGGCGGCAGGAGGAGCAGAGGGAGCAGCUGGAGCUUCUGCACCAGGUGAAUUUUCAGGUGAAAUUGCAGGUGGAGGCUCAGAUGAAGGCUCAGGUGGAGGCACAGGGAAGCUGGAGGGAAGGGGACAAGGCAGCAGCGUUUUCUUCGCUAUUCCCGAGGCAUCGAGGCAGAUCUCUGCUGCUCCUGCUGACUGCCUUGGGACAGCAGCAGAUGCAGGAACAGGAUCAAGAACUGCCGGGCGGGCACACGGCCUCCCGCUUGAAUCAGCAGCAGUUGUUUCUGCAUUCGCCCGCCAGGAAGCCUCAUUAGAAUCCCUCUCCUCGGCAUCACCAGAAGCAGCCGCAGCAGCAGCAGCAGCAGGCGGGUCCAACCACUCCCCCAAGCCACCUGCACCAGUUAUCACCUACCCCGAUUUCACCGAGCUCUCCAUUGACCUAUCAGAGACCAUCCCCGUCACCCCCACUCGCUCUGCCAAGGGCGUCUCUCUGCCCACCUCCCCUGCUGCUGCCGCCUUUGCUGCAGCGGUGGCGGAGGUGGACGCGUCCGGAUUCGCUGUACCGGAACAGAUGCUGCGAGCAGAGCAAGGGGGGAAUAGCCUGGGGGCGGAGAAAGGUGCCGGGGGGUCGCAGGCGUCCUGGCGGUCUGGGAGCGGUGCUAGCAGUGGGAGCGUGGGCAGGGGGAAGACAAAGCGCAAGGAGCUUCCCGCCUGCUGCAUGAUAAGCUGAGCUCUUUGCUCUCUGCAUGCAAGCCAUUCAACAUGGUAACUGGCAACCACAUCAUGUCCCAUGGCAACUACAUCAUAUCACAUGGUAACUACAUCAUGUCACAUGGUAACUACAUCAUGUCACAUGGGAACUACAUAUCGCAUGGUAAGUACAUCAUGUCAUAUGGUAACUACAUAUCACAUGGUAACUUCACCCGAAGUGCUUGUCUUCUAAGUGGCAUCCCUCAGUUUGCUUCAAGCUCUUAGUUAUGUUCAUCCACUGCACCCAGAAUUGCUCAGAACCCACUGCACAUUGCGAGAUCUCCCCUUCGGGUACACAAAUCCCUAAGAACCUCCCGCUGCUGUUACUCCAACUGGUGCAGAAUCUGCUUUGGGGCCUUUGGUUGGAGCCCCUUCUAUUUAGAUUUACAGGUAGGUAGGGAUGUAGGGUAGGAUACUAGUAUGGUUAUAGAAUGCGCUGUUGUCUUUGAUAAUCUAUGUAUCUCGUUAGUGUAAGUUCUUUCCACAUUCUCGUUAUAAUACCAAGUAUUGUGGGAUGGUGCUUCCACAUUCUC